GCGGCGCCGCUCCCGCCGCGCCCUCCCCGCCGCCCCAUAAGACCCCGCGGCGGCGCCGCUGUGAUCUUUUCCCCGCCCCAAAGAUGGCGCAAGACCAGAGCGAGAAGGAGAACCCCAUGCGCGAGCUGCGCAUCCGCAAGCUCUGCCUCAACAUCUGCGUUGGAGAGAGCGGGGACAGGCUCACCCGGGCGGCCAAAGUGCUGGAGCAGCUCACGGGCCAGACCCCCGUCUUCUCCAAAGCACGAUACACUGUAAGAUCCUUUGGAAUCAGGAGAAAUGAGAAGAUUGCUGUUCACUGCACAGUUCGUGGGGCCAAAGCAGAGGAGAUCCUGGAGAAGGGGUUGAAGGUGCGAGAAUACGAGUUGAGGAAAAACAACUUCUCAGACACUGGGAACUUUGGCUUUGGAAUUCAGGAGCACAUUGAUUUGGGAAUUAAAUACGAUCCCAGUAUUGGUAUCUACGGCUUGGACUUUUACGUGGUGCUGGGCAGGCCUGGCUUCAGUAUUGCUGACAAGAAACGCAGGACUGGCAGCAUUGGAGCCAAGCACAGAAUCGGAAAGGAAGAAGCCAUGCGCUGGUUCCAGCAGAAGUACGAUGGCAUCAUCCUUCCAGGCAAAUAAGCAGUUCCUGUAAUGAAAAAAGCAAAUAAAGUUUUCUAACCCCUAA